CGCGACCAAUCUACGAUCUACUGUUGCUCCUUCCUUUGUUUAUGCCUAGGCCGGUUAGUCCAACCGGCGAGACACGCCACGGACCACGGUAUCCCUCACGCCGGAUCCCCUCUCGAUCUUUCUGUCCUUGUACCCGAAGCCAAAGCCCGGGACGCGACAGACGGCACACACGCUCUGAAAUUUUGGACCAAUUAACCGGUGAGCCUGUGGCGCCAGCGAGCCACAGCCGACCCCGCCAUGGCCGGCUCCACCGCGGUGCUGGCCGCCAUCCUGCUCAUCGACCUCGUCGCCUUCGGCCUCGCCAUCGGCGCCGAGCAGAGCCGCCCAUCGGCGAGCCUGGAGACGGACGCGAGGAAGGAGUGGACCUACUGCGUGUACCGCCCGGACGCGGCCACCGGGAUGGCCGGCGCCGCGCUCGCCCUGCUGCUCGUCGGCCAGGCCGUGGCCGCCGUCGCCAGCCGCUGCUUCUGCUGCGGCGCCGCGCUCCGGCCCGGCGGCGCCCGCGGCUGCGCCCUCAUGCUCUUCCUCUCCUCCUGGCUGACAUUUCUCAUUGCGGAGGCGUGCUUGCUGGCUGGGCUGGUGCAGUCCGCCUACCACACCGGCUACCGCACGGUGAUAUUUGAAAACCCGCCCGACUGUGAGACGGUGCGUCGAGGCACAUUUGGGGCCGGCGCGGCCUUUGCCUUGAUCACCGGUGUGCUCACCGGGUUCUACUACUACAACUUCUCCAAGGCACGGGUGGCCUACCAACGCCCGGAGGCCGCCAUCGACAUGAGCCGGUAUAGCUGAAGAUUGGUGCCUGGUUGAGGGGCUACUCGAGUCUCUAUGAAGCUGCUGUAACGCAUUGUGGGGAACGAUUCACUAUGAACUAGCUCAACAGUUUUGAUAACCGUUAUGUGGCCAUUUUUAUAUAGAUUUUUGCACAUAUAAUGUGUGAGCCAUUCUCCCA